AUGAGGGAAAUCGUCCACAUCCAGGCUGGGCAAUGCGGAAAUCAAAUAGGAGCCAAGUUCUGGGAGGUGAUCUCGGACGAGCACGGAAUCGACGCUACGGGUGCCUACAAUGGUGACUCUGAUCUGCAACUAGAACGCAUUAAUGUUUACUACAACGAGGCAUCGGGAGGAAAGUAUGUACCUCGUGCCGUGCUGGUAGAUCUUGAACCUGGCACCAUGGACUCGGUGCGCUCCGGCCCCUUUGGUCAAAUCUUUCGGCCUGACAACUUUGUAUUUGGCCAGUCUGGCGCCGGAAACAACUGGGCAAAAGGCCACUAUACAGAGGGUGCAGAACUAGUAGAUUCAGUCCUCGACGUCGUCAGAAAAGAAGCGGAAGGGUGCGAUUGCUUACAAGGUUUUCAACUAACACAUUCUUUAGGAGGUGGUACCGGCUCUGGUAUGGGAACAUUACUAAUCUCAAAGAUCAGAGAAGAAUAUCCGGAUAGAAUAAUGAAUACGUUCUCUGUAGUGCCUAGUCCCAAGGUAUCGGACACAGUCGUAGAACCGUACAACGCAACGUUAUCUGUUCAUCAGUUGGUCGAAAAUACGGAUGAGACUUAUUGUAUAGACAACGAAGCCCUGUAUGAUAUUUGUUUCCGAACACUGAAACUAACGACCCCAACAUACGGAGACUUGAAUCACUUGGUGUCAGCAACAAUGUCAGGAGUAACCACAUGUUUAAGGUUCCCCGGACAGUUAAAUGCAGACUUGAGAAAACUGGCAGUAAACAUGGUGCCUUUCCCGCGGUUACACUUCUUUAUGCCAGGUUUUGCGCCGCUAACAUCACGUGGCAGCCAGCAGUACCGAGCACUCACCGUUCCAGAGCUGACUCAGCAAAUGUUUGAUGCAAAGAACAUGAUGGCGGCGUGUGACCCCCGACAUGGGAGAUAUCUAACAGUCGCCGCGGUAUUCCGUGGUCGCAUGUCCAUGAAAGAGGUGGACGAGCAGAUGCUAAAUAUUCAAAACAAAAACAGUACUUACUUCGUCGAAUGGAUACCAAACAAUGUGAAGACUGCAGUUUGCGAUAUACCUCCGCGAGGUCUGAAAAUGUCUGCUACAUUUAUUGGUAACACUACAGCUAUACAGGAAUUAUUUAAGAGGAUUUCUGAGCAAUUUACAGCAAUGUUUAGGAGGAAAGCCUUUCUUCAUUGGUAUACUGGGGAAGGAAUGGAUGAAAUGGAAUUUACUGAAGCGGAGAGUAACAUGAACGAUUUGGUGUCAGAAUAUCAACAGUAUCAAGAAGCGACGGCAGAUGACGAAGGGGAGUUCGACGAGGAAGUGGAAGAGUGA